AGAGCAAGGCUACGCUCCCCCGCCCAAGCCAAGGUCACCAGCGCAGGACAGGCCGAUCCCUUUGCUGCAGCGCCUCCACCAUCACCCCAGCCAACCACACCCACGGUGGACGCAGCAAAGCUCCACCCACAUCCACCGCCUCCGCCUCUGCUGCAGUCACGCCACAGGCCCUCAGCGGCCACACUCCCGGCCAGUGGACAGAACGGCCUCUGCUGGCGCGCCUCAUGCCCUCUGAGGGAUAUGACGAAUGUGGAGGCUGUCGAGGCCGUGGGAGGCCUACUCGGGCAGCGCACGCUCUCUAGUGGCUGGGUCAUGGCGGCCCCAGCGAUGCGUGUGGACCGGUGGUGGUAGGACGCUGCCAGAGCCUCGACACACUCGUCACACUGCUGCUUCCCACCCCACGCAACCCGUGCUCUGGGGCAACGCCUGUCUGUAACAGUACCCCUAGCAAUGACCCCUCCCGGCCACGCCCACGCCACCCCGUCAGCUCCCACCCAUCCUGCGGCGCCCGCACAACCGUCGUCUCUUGGUCAGGAAGCCCCGGAGGUCACCAGCAGUGAAGCCACGCGUCAGGAUCACCAGUGAGCCGCGUGACACUCACACUCUUGAUUCUUACCAAAGUGAAAGAGACACACCACCAGUAACACGCCUGCAGGUCCCAUCGCCACUUCCAGGACGAGGCAAAUUGUGGCACGGCCUAAAUCUUAGCGGUGUUAAUGUUGCCAUGUCUGUGUGUGCGUGAAGUCAGGGCCCAGCCAGCUCUGCGCCACAAGGCAGCCGCGCAAUCCAUCUAGGAGCUAUGAAACCUGACAGUUCCCGCCGCAACUUUCCGAAGAGGUAGUUCGGGGGAGCGAAGGUCCAGGACAGCAUGGCCGACCUGAGUCCCCGGCGGCGGUGAGAGGCGGGCCGCGAGUGUUGACAGGUGGCGCUGGGUGAAGGAGACUUGCCAAAUAUACCCCCCAGUCGUCACCGUGUUUGUGGGCGGCCCUCAUCUGUGUCUGCCAGGGUGUGCCGCCAGUCAGGCUCAGUUGGCUUCUGGUGACGCACCCCGCCCUGCGUCUCUUCACCCGCGGCAGCCUGGCGUGGGCGUGCAUGGUGUAACGGGCGGCCUCGGAGGUCCGCCGCAGCGCGACUGUGGCUCCCGCCCGGUCCACCGCCGCUGCUGCCUCCACCUGGGGGGGCCGGCGUCUGGCCUCGCAUGGCCGCGGUAAUGUUCCUACGCAAGGCAAUGCGUUACUACCGCCUCUGGAUUUACACGUGCAAUGCCGUCCUGCUCGUGUCAGUGUUCGUAUUUAUGGGCGUGGCCUUACGUGUGACGACUCAUCCGUACCUGUCCCUCGUGCCCACCCCCCCUGCCUACCACCCGACCUUCCUCUACGGUUACGUGGCUCUCCUGCUGCAGGCGGGAGUCCUGCAGGCGCUGGGAUGUGUGGGCGCCCUGCGGCUCUCCCAGCGGCUCCUCAACAUCUACUGGUUUCUGUUGCUGUUCCUGUUACUGGGCGAUGUGGUGGUGGGCCUAGUGUGGCUGUACCGCUUCUCCCACCUCACAGACGGCCUGCUGCCUUACGCCCGCAACACGCUCCACACCCAGUACGGCAAUGACCCGGACGUGACGGAGGCGUGGGACGCUCUGCAGCGAUCCGCCAAGUGCUGCGGCGUCGCGGAGCCGCAAGAUUACAACGAGACGCAGUGGGCGAUGCGCCAGGGCCAGUCUGUCCUUAGGCUCCCGGCGUCGUGCUGCGUCAUGGACGAAGGCAGGAGCGUGACGCCGAGCACUCGCCCUGUCAACUACCAGGCUGACCCAAGUCCUCGCCACGUAAAGCUUUCGCGGAAAAAGCCCACCAUGGACGCACCGAAGAGUGCGUCACGCCCCGAGGGUCGCGCCAGCUACCGCAACCUGACGUGCGGCGAGAACAGCCACGUGCGGGACCAGUACGAGGGCUGCCUGGUGCACCUGGAGCGCUGGCUGCUCGAGUCAGCGGAGACGCUCAUGAUUCUCGGGUUUUGUGUCAUAGCUUUUAUCAAACUGUGUUUUGUUGGCAUAUUACGCUUUGAAAUACAAGAAAUGAUUCAGAAAAUAAAAAUCCUGCAAGGCGAGGCCCCGUGCGUGCCCAACCCGGAGAUCGCCGCGGCGCUGGGUCUCGUGUCGCCCGACAAAGCGGCGGAGUGCGGGGGGCUGCUGAGCUCAGGCGGCGGCGAGGGGGACGGCGCGGGGGCGCCUGACGGGGGCGGCGAGGGCCACCAGGACUCGGAGUCGGGCGCCGCCACGCCCCUCACGCAGCCCCGCCUCAAUCACCUGCCCAGCCACACGGACGGGGCAGAGUCCGACACCAACUCCCAUUGCGCCCUCAUCACGGACACUCCCGUGCGCCGCCCGCAGCCGGACAAGCGCAAGCCUAAUGGCAAUAAUAACGACGUGACAGAACUACGCGAACUGCGUCACGUGCGGCAGACUCAAAUAUGAUAAUGGCGAGCGGCCUCCUUGUGGACUCGUCUGGUGGGAGGGUGGAGCAGAAAGUCCACGUGAGCGGCGGCGGGCCUGAGCCCAGGUAGUGGAUGUAGUAGUGCGCUGCCGCUGCUGGGGCCAGCAUGAGGGUCCGGGGUCAGGGGUCACGGGACACCCCACAUAGCCUUACACCGCCCCCUGCCCCGCGCCCCAGCCAGCGCCGCCGCCCCUCCCCGGGCCUCGCAGGCACUGGGUCGCGGCUACCACGCGCGAGGCACAAACCAAAACCAAGGCCUCCGUAACAUAAGGUCACGACGAUGACGCCAGGACAGUGAGGGACAGUGAGGGCCACGACGAGGUGUGCCCCUCCCUCCCUCCCAUCCCACGGGAGACAGGAGCAGUGGAUGGCCCCCAGCCCCGCCCCAGCCACGCUGGUCGCCGCUCCCACACCGCGGUGACACGCCUGCCGCCAUCUCUUCACACACAAGAUCUAACCCGUCACCCCCUGCGGAGGAAGGGAAGAAGACAGCCUGACAGCCACACCCACAGGAGAAGGGAUGGACUGAGGUCACACUGAGGAAGAGGAAUGGCUGAGGGCACGAGGAUCUGGGAGCAGCCAUGACUGAGAGGAGACGCCGCAGCCACGGGAGGAGAGAGGAGCAGCGGCGUCCCAGCGAAAGGCCAGCGUGCAGAGGGUGGAGGAGGGGCGCACAGGGCACAACGAGUAGAAGGAAGGAGGGAGGGGAGGCAUUGAGCAGUCAUGCCUUACGAGUAGACCGCAUGACACGGGCAGACAGAACAAGGAGGUACCGUCGCCACGCGCCUUGCCAUGUGGUGUGCCAUGGACUGCACCGCCACUCAGACGCGACCCUGGGUUGGGUUCACGAAGCGGCGCGCCACCCUGACCUGCCGGUGCUGCGUCGGCGUGGCGCGCGUAAGCUGCCUGGCGGUGGCGCGGCCUCGUGCGAGAUACCUGCGUCGUGUACCUGAGGCCGCGCUGACGUUACUCUGUGUUACUAGCAAGUAUUAAUGACCAGUCCACACACCUGUAAUUAAGCGCCUCAUACCGUGUAGAGCCUAGUCUACCUUUCCACUCUAUAGCCACACGCAGAUACUUAGCGGGGAGGGAGGGAGUAGUAGCGUCUCACGAAGGCUACCGUAUUACUGGACAAUACUACCACACAUCGACCUUAAAGGGUAAUAUAUGAUACGCUUCAUCAGUAGCUGUGACCUGUGCUUGGGUAAGUCGGCCGAGAAGAAACACAGCAGACACGAGCGGCGACGCGCCCUGUGGCCAGCCCGCGCCCUGCUGCCCGCCCGUCCAGCCGCCGCCCGCACCGCCGCUCUAUGCCCUGCCC